GAACCGGCCUCUCUUCAACAUCUCUCCAAUAACCAACCGCGUCGCCGCAGCCUGAAAGCACAACUCAACAUGAUUGACCACACCGUCAUCGCAGUUACUGAGGACAAGUUCAAGAAAUGCUUGGACCUGUACGUCAAGGCCUUUGAGCCUCUUGGAUACCAGGUCGCCUAUCAGUUUGGCGAGUACACGGCCGGCCUUGGCUCAAAGCUCGAUGCCUCUCCCGAAGACUACAAGCGCGCUGACCUCUGGGUCAAGGGAGUCAAGGAGGGUGUCAUCAAGACGCACCUUGCGCUCCGCGCCAAAGAUCGAGCUGCUGUGGACGCCUUCCACGCGGCGGCGCUUUCGGCGGGAGGCAAGGAUAAUGGAGCGCCAGGCUUGCGAGCGUAUCAUGCCAGUUAUUAUGCGGCGUUUGUGAUUGAUGCGGCGGGCAAUAACAUUGAAGUUGUGUGCCAUAACCCAUGAGAGCUACAAGGCAUAUUGGAAGCUGGAGCGUUAUCUGUAGGCUCUGUCACUGUUAGCAAUGCCAAUUUGAUCGUCUUAUAU